UUGGCCCCCAUCGCUUCCCUUAGUCAUACUCAAAAUCUCCCAGCGCAGACGCGGUGUGAAAGUGUGUGAGAAAAUGGCAGACGUAUCUUUGGAUGAAGUCAUACGUCGGCGCGGUAUUAACCUCAAAGCUCCAGCUAAAAGGCCCACAUUUGGACGAGGUGCAGUGGGGGAUGGCAAAACCUUUGAUGCCAGGCAGAAGAUUGGGAGUAACGAUGUAAGACAGCGACUUGGAGGAGGACCAGGUUUCCAAGUGAAAGAUGCCAGAGAGAAACUGGUUCAGAAAGAUGCCCGUUUCAAAAUCCGUGGCAGGACUGGAACAGGGGCUGUACAGGAUGCUCGGCAAAUGAUCAACUCGCGUAAACAGGGGCAGAGUCAGUUAACUUCCCCCUCACAGAUCUCACUAAAGACCGCAAUAACAAGCCAACUGCAGAGCAAAACACUUGUGCCCCAGAUACAGAUACACACCAGCAACACUCUUGCUGGUGGGAACCCUAGGCAGUUUGCCACCAAUGUUCAAGGACUGGGUGCAAGGGCCAGCACAACACCACAAGUGAGCAAUAAUAUCAGAAUAAUGGAUGCUCGAGAUAGGCUUAGCCUAAAGAGAAGCAUUGGAGGAACACCGUCACAAACAGCUACUGCACCACCUCUAAAAAUAACCAAGACCAUUCAGCAACGUCCAGUAGGGAUGCCAGGUGGAAUGCGUGCAACUACAAAGCCUGUCUUAGAUGAGCUUGAUGGCGCCCCAAGUAAACAAAUAAAGAUCACAACUGCCAAUAAUAUGCUACAAUCAAGGUCUGGUACAGUGGGAUCUACAUUCUCUAUGUCAGCCCCAAUCACCAAGGUGGUUAAAAACGAUGCUUACACAGCUCCACGUCCUCCUGUCCCUGUGGCUCCCACUCGGCCUAACACCAGCAUGAGUGCCGCUCGCUCUUCAGCUGCAGAAUUACAGCCGGUCUCCAGGACUCUUCAACAAAGCACAGCAGAAACCAGCACGUCAACUCCCACUCCACCGCAGCCUGCUUUCAGCCCAUUGGAAGGAACUAAAAUAACAGUGAACAAUUUGCAUCCCAGAGUUACUGAGGAAGACAUAGUGGAGCUGUUUUGUGUGUGUGGUGCCUUGAAGCGAGCGCGGCUGGUAAAGGUGGGCGUUGCUGAGGUGGUGUUUGUCCGUAAAGAGGAUGCUGUGAGUGCAUACAGGAAGUACAACAAUCGCUGUUUGGACGGUCAACCCAUGAAGUGUAACCUUCACAUUCAGGGAAAUGUCAUCACUUCUGAUCAGCCUAUUUUACUGAGACUGAGUGACACUCCAGGCACAGGCAGCAGCGCCAAGAAAGAUGGUCUGCCCCCCUCCUUGUCUCGAGCCCCUGGUCAGCGGGCCUCUUCUCAGCCCACACCAGAAGUGGACCCCCAGACCAUUCUCAAAGCUCUGUUCAAGUCCACUGCACAGUCCACCUCCACCACAGAGCCCCCCAGCUCACAGACCACUGCCUUCCGCAUCAAGAUAUAACUCAUGUAUAAAAUGAAUACACUGUUUGCGUUACUGCAUUGUCAGUGUUCACUUAUCUACUGUGGAUUUCACACUGAUGGCAGGCAGCCCCCCCGUUCUUUCAUGAAACUGAUUUUUACACAUUUCAUAGAAAUGAGUAUGGGAAAUGUGAAAUUUAUACAUGCGAAUUCAUCAAUGUGUUGGCUUUGUGGUAUCAAAUGUCACCUGUUAAUUUCUUAAACGGACCAGUUGAAGAAGUACUGUGUGAUGUUUUAAGUUUAGUGAUGGUUUGGAGGAGGUUUUGUUUUUGUUUUUUCCAAUUUGGUGGUUUUUACAUUGAAGUUAUAGCCACAUAAAAAAAAUAAAAUAAACAAACAAAAAAAAACAAGAAAAUGGGCUUUAAAAAAUACUGCUAACUUAAUUGACAACUAACAGUCAUUGUCAUUCUUUUGAGAUUGCUAGCAUUUAAAGCCACAUCUCUAAAAAGGUUUAUUUAGUAAUAUUAUCAGCUCUUCUGUCACGAUCAUAUGUAUCUGAUUGGACAGGAUUGUUUAGUUUCCUUCAGCAAAUUUUCCCCAUAUUAUGUCCUAAGUUUAAUCCAACACUAUAUCUGACUUGUAGAAAUAACUGAUAGUUUCUGUAAUACCAGAACAAGAACAAAACUACAGUACAAUGGUGUUUCAUUGCUUUUACACUUCUUUUGGAAUCCAGUGCUGUUUAUCAAUGGUUUUACAUGGUUUUCUAGUUUUGGUGCAGAAUGUGCAUCUUUCAUCGUAGUAUAUUUCACUCAGUUGAAGUUGACCUGUAAAAUACUUCCAGUUGCUUUCUUGGUUUGUCAGUCAAGAGGAGUUGGAAAUUGUUAGGUCUGUCUGAAAUGUGGCCAUUAAAUAUCUAGCUUUGUA